GGACCCUCUUCCUGAGGCAGAGCUCACGACUGGAUUUUGCUGAAACCUCCGCCUGAAGAUUAGGGGCGGGCUGCCGCGGAGGCUCAGCCCCGGGAGACGCGAAGGGAGGAGGUGAUGGCCUCUACUCUGGCUUGGGACCAAGAUCUGCAACUUCAAACUUGUCUUCUGAGCCUCAGGGAACACCUGCCAGCUGCAAUUGUGUGGGAUGAUGGCUGGGGUGACUCUAAUGUCUGGGUGUCCUUCUGGCACAGAUUGUGCAGCCAAGGCACCCAAGGCACCCAAGGCACCUUCAGGUCUUCUGGGUGAGGAACUGUUGGCUUGUGGUCAGUAAGAGGGUUCCUUGACUCUGGAAUUAGGACCUCUCUCCCCCAGGUGACAGGCACUGCAGGAUAAGGACACGGUGUCCCCUUCUCCCCUAGGCGACAGGCACUGGCUAGAAGGCAUGCACACCGGCUGAGUGGCUCCCUGCUGCAUGGACAUGGUUUAUGCUGCCUAUCCAGUUACUCCUAAGGGGGACUGGGCUUACCUGGGUCCUGGGAUUGUAGGACAAGGUGAGUAGACUCCUCAGAGAACAGAAAAGGGCCAGACCCUUCACUUUCUGAGCCCCCUUCUUGGAAGCUUGGUAGUCCAUGUCCCCCAAAUAUUCAAUGGCUUGGGGUGCUGGCCAGAAUCUGUCCACACCUGGACCGUUCAUCUUGCUGGGCUUCCCCGGGCCACGGAGCCUGCGCAUUGGGCUUUUCCUGCUUUUCCUGGUCAUGUAUCUGCUCACAGUAGCUGGAAACCUAGCCAUCAUCUCUCUGGUAGGGGUACACAGAUGCCUGCAGACACCCAUGUACUUCUUCCUCUGCAACCUCUCCUUCCUGGAGAUCUGGUUCACCACAGCCUGUGUGCCCAAGACCCUGGCCACUUUUGUUCCCCUGGGUGGAGCCAUCUCCCUGGCUGGCUGCGCCACACAGAUGUACUUCGUUUUUUCUCUGGGCUGUACUGAGUACUUCUUGCUGGCGGUGAUGGCUUAUGACCGCUACCUGGCCAUCUGCCUUCCACUGCGCUAUGGUGGCAUCAUGACACCUGGGCUGGCAACACGGUUGGCCCUGGGAUCCUGGCUGUGUGGCUUUUCUGCAAUCACAGUGCCGGCUGUCCUCAUCGCCCGCCUCUCCUUCUGUGGCUCCCGUGUCAUCAACCAUUUCUUCUGUGACAUUGCACCCUGGAUCGUGCUGUCCUGCACUGACACACAGGUGGUGGAGCUGGUGUCCUUUGGUAUUGCCUUCUGUGUCAUUCUGGGCUCCUGUGGUAUUACACUGGUCUCCUAUGCCUACAUCAUCACUACCAUCAUCAAGAUUCCCUCUGCUCAGGGCCGACACCGUGCCUUCUCGACCUGCUCAUCCCACCUCACAGUGGUGCUGAUUUGGUACGGCUCCACCAUAUUCUUGCAUGUGAGGACCUCGGUAGAGAGCUCCUUGGACCUCACCAAGGCUAUCACAGUGCUCAACACCAUCGUUACACCAGUGUUGAACCCUUUCAUAUAUACCCUGAGGAACAAGGACGUGAAGGAGGCUCUGCGCAGGACAGUGCAGGGAAAGUGAGCCACUGCCCACCUUACAUUUCCCCUCAGACGCUGCUCUGCAGGACUUGCAUUGACUGUCCUGCGGGCCAGUGUCAGUGUUUGGUGCCUUUCCCCCUACACGGCUUAGAACAACAACCGUCCCAGUUUCUACCCUCAUGGCUUUGUCCAGGGAUGCUUGCUGAGUUGCUCCUCCCCCGCCCCUCCCCCAGUUUCAGGAAGAUUCUGGAAGGGGAAAAGAGAAACAGGGUUCUGGGUCCCUAGGAGAUCCCUCUCAAGGAAUAUAAAAAUUGGAUACUACACCAGUUCUGGCCAGACUCCCUACUAGGUCUGCCUCUUGGUCCAAUAAAAUCUUCACCAACCGACAGAUGCCAGCAAGCCAUAUCUGGAGUUGCCAAGAAGGAUACGCUAGGCUAUCAGGAGUCCAUGCUUGCAGAGAUUAACCAUGGUGGCAAAACCCCAAACCAAACCAAACCAAAAAAGCCCCCAAACGAAGCAUAGAAAGCUGAGAGGAAGCUGGCAACCUGCAAGGGCUCUUGGGGCUCACGCUAGGGUCUCAGGGCACGUCCAUCACAUGUCAUACCUUUUUGGGGGUGGAGGUACAGGAAGGGGUCAGAGGGAUCAUAGGGCCCUGGAUACCUGUGUGGCUUCAGGCUCCGGUUGGAAUUGAGGAAGGAACUGGGGUAAUUCUCUCAUACAUUGGUACUCAUUCUUGGAGCGGCACAGAAGGGGUUCAUCACAUCACUAUUCUGAACCCGUGUCUUCAUCCACAAAUGGGACCAUGACAGUACUGUCCCAAGGAACCCUUGUGAGUAUGAAUGACUGAGUGUGUCCAGAGUGCUUCGAGCCAGGGCCAGAAAAUGCCAUUAAUAUUGUUUCAUAAUUUAGUAGAUAAAGCCGUGUAGACUAUUCUAUUUGUUUAUUUAGAGACAUUGACUAGUAUGUCUCAGGCUGGCUUCAAACUUGCUGUGUAGCUGAGGAUGACUUUGAACUUCUGAUCCUCCUGCCUCCAGCUCCCAAUUGUUGAGUUUACAGGGGUGCACCACCAACGCUCAGGUUGUAGUACUGCGACUUGAAGCCAGGGCUUCGUGAAUGCUAGACAAGCACUCUACUGACCAAGUUAUUCCCCCAGCUCGCAGACUGUCCUGUUUCCUCAUUUUAUCUUAGAUAACCAAUAGAGCCUGUGAGCUCUAGCUUGUCCACCCUGAUCUCUCAGCCCCGAGGGACCCCAGAGAGAACUGGACUCCUUAGGGGGGCCUAUAUUGAAAACAAGUGGUUGCUCACCUGAGUUUGGAGAGGCCCCGGUGGCUCUGAGAGAGUUUGCACAUGGGUUUUUGAGGGCUGUGGCUAGAUCAUCUCUUGUCCAGGUUGAGACAUGAGCUGCCUGAGCCUGCCUGGCCUGUAUAUAGGGCUGCCGUGUGAUGGGUCCAAGCUCAGCACGCAACUUACUCAGGAGGGAUUAUUGGGUCACAGGGUGCUGGAGCAGGUCUACUGGUAGGCCCUCCAUAUCCUCUCCAAUAUCACUUCUGGGGCUAAUCACAGGCUGCCUCAUUUAACACUCCUCUGGCCCCAUGUCCUAACCUUUAUACUUCCCUGUUCUGUCUGAUCCAAGGCCAAGGCCUAUAUGAUCCACUUUUUGACUUUUCUCUUUAAUGUCUUCCCGAAGGGAAGCUCAAGUAGGGCAUAGAAGCUCUUCUCUGCAGUGACCCCUGCCCAGAAUGGAGCGUAGGUGCAGACACCACCCACCUAGAAUCCCCCAUCAUCCAAGAUCUGGAGCCAGAGGAUGUGUUGACCCUGAGGCUUACACACUCAAUUGGACUUGUACACUCAGGCAUCUCUGCUGCUGGCACUUGUAUAUUCCGUUUUUGUGGUUACUUUCCAAAUGAUGAAUUAAAGAGCAUCGGGUUCAGCCAUUCAUGUUUGAUGGAGAUGUCAAUCACACACUACACCAAUGUGGUUUCAUGACCUCCAGCCACUCUUGGGGGACAGGAGUAGUGGCAGGGAUAGAGGGAGCUGUUCAGUGUCUGUGUUCUGCUGUGCAACAGCCUCUUUGCUGCUGGCUAGUCAGACACUCUGAGAUCCCUAGUGAUGCACCUGAGGCAUAGAGCGGGAACAGCACUCAGGGACUCCUUAGUCCCCUCCUCUGUCAUUCUGACAUGGAACUGCUUUCACGGACUUCUUUACCAAUUCCUCUCCUUGGAAACUGUGGCCACUAGUAGGUGGCCCCAAGAAAGAGAGACAGAGUAAGUGAUUGGGGGCAGGGAGGCAAUCAGUGCCUUCCUGGCCACCUCACUUUGGAUCAAGGUGCUGGAUGCAGCCUUGGGUGGAGGGUCCCACCCUUGGGCUUAA